GACUCAGGUCUGGGCUGAGUGCGGGAGGAGGGAGAUGUGACGGAGUGGGGCUAUAGAGAAAUUGAGACAAUUGCAGACUGGGAGGCUUCGUAAGGACUCGGUGUAGGCCCCCGACCCGAACGGGAUGUUCUCGGUCCCCCGUUUGCAGCGAACGAGGACAUUGCUUCAGGGCCUCAGAAGAGGCGACUAGCUCCUGUGUUGGUCGCCGCCAUGUUUGUUGGGGGCAACCUUCCGGAUAUUGAAUGAGAAGGAUUUGCAGGCAGGGAAGUCGAAACAAAAAAACUAUAUCAAGAUCUGUGACAUUUGGCUCGAUUUAUCAGGAAGAGAAAAGGCUCUUCUGUGGGAAAAAUUUCAGACAGAUUACUUGCAGUCAGGAAACUCAAGCCAAACAUCGCAGCAGGAUCUGAUUUGCUGGAACCCCGAAUAUCUUCAGAUGAUGAACAUGGACGUUAAAACCAGUGCUCACAGUGGGGAGAAACCGUACACGUGUUCUGUGUGCAGACGAGGCUUCAGCCGAUCGUCUGGCCUCUCAAAACACAAAUGCAGUCGCAACGGGGAGAAACGAUGGAAGUGUGGGGACUGUGAAGAGGGAUUCCGAUAUCCGUCCCAGCUGGAAACUCAUCGACGGACUCACACAGGGGAGAGGCCAUUCAUGUGCUCCGUAUGCGAUAAGGGAUUUGCUCGGUCCUCUGACCUGCUGAAACACCAGCGAGUUCACACUGAUGAGAGACCUUUCAAUUGCCUGGACUGCAGCAAGUGCUUCAAAUGCUCUGGAGACCUGAUACGCCACCAACGUGUUCACUCGGACGAGAGACCGUUCAGAUGCUCCCGGUGCGGGUCUGGGUUCAGGCGAUCCUCUCACCUCGCCGUCCACCAGCGCGUUCACACCGGGGAAACGUUCGCCUGCUCCGAGUGCGGGAGGGCGUUCACUCGGCCGUCGAACCUGCUGAAACAUCAGCAAUUUCACGCUCGGGAGAAGCAGUUCACCUGCCCGGAGUGCGGAAAGGGAUUCCCCGAGUUAGCAGUCCUGCUGAGGCACCAGCACGUUCACGUGGGAGAGAAACUGUUCACGUGCUCCGAGUGUGGGAAGGGAUUCAGACGCUCAUCCAACCUGUUGACACACCAGCGAGUUCACACUGGGGAGAAACCGUUCACCUGCCCAGAGUGUGGAAAAGGAUUUACUGAGUUAGCCACCCUUCAGUCGCACCACCGUGUUCACACUGGGGAGAGGCCGUUCAUCUGCUUUGAAUGUGGGAAGGGAUACACGCGGUCAUCCCACCUGCUGAGACACCACGCUGUUCACGGUGGAGAGAAACCGUACACAUGUUCCGAGUGUGGACGGGGUUUCAACCGAUCAUCCGGCCUCUCGAGACACAAGCAAACUCACAGUGAGGAGAAACCGCGGAAAUGUGGCGACUGUGGGAAGGGGUUUAGAUGCCCAUCUGAACUGGAAAGGCAUCGGCGAAUUCACACCGGGGAGAGGCCGUUUAUCUGCUCUGAGUGUGGGAAAGGAUUCACCCAGUUAUCAACCCUGCAGGAACACCAGCAGGUUCACUCUGAGGAGAGACCUUUUAAAUGUCCGAAAUGUGGGAAGUGCUUUAAAAGUUCUGGGGAAUUGAUGACUCAUCAGCGCGUUCACAGCGACGAGAGACCCUUUAAUUGUACAGACUGUGGGAAGUGCUUCAGAAGCUCCGGUGAAUUGAUGUCCCAUCAGCGGGUUCACACUGACGAAAGACCUUUUAAAUGUUCAGACUGCGGGAAGUGCUUUAAAAGUUCUGGGAACUUGAUGGCACACCAGCGAGUUCACACUGUUGAGCGACCUUUUAAGUGUUCGACCUGCGGGAAAUGCUUUAAAAGUUCCUGGAACCUAAUAGAACAUCAACGUGUUCACACUGACGAGAGACCGUUCAGGUGCUCUCACUGCGGGGCAGGGUUCAAGCACUCGUCUCAGCUCACUGUCCACCAGCGAAUUCACACCGGGGAGAGGCCAUUCACCUGCUCUGCGUGUGGGAGUGGAUUCACUCAGUCAUCUGACCUUUUGAAACACCGGCGACUGCACACAGGGGAACGGCCGUUCAUCUGCUCUGAGUGUGGGAAAGGAUUCAGUCAGUCAUCCCACCUGCUGAAGCACCAGCGAGUUCACAAGUGAUGAUAGUGACUGGAUUUUGCUGUUAAAACACACCCAGGACUGAUUCUGCUGGUGUUAAGUGAUACAGGUGUUAAGAAUUCUGAAUAAAUCAAACCAGCUUUCUUUGAAA